AUAUUUCUUACAUAAUUCAAUUAGUUCAAUUUUAGCUUUAUGGAGGGCACUUAUUUCAUUGUUCUUGCUGGACUGCAAUUUUGGCCGCCGUCUCUGAGUCCAGGAAGACUUCCCCGCGAUGUUUGGCAACUGACACUCAAGGACUGAUUUUGCAACAUUGUUACUAUUAUCGGGAAUAUGGUCUCUUGAAGUACUUUCACAGUUGCCUUGCUCAGUGCUUACCAUAACCGUUUCUUUGACACAAGGGAAUAUCACUGGUGAAACUGAUGAUGUUGAACUGGCAUUAUUUUGUGGUACAAGAGCAGGACAUAUGGGGCCUCUGAGCAUUGAGGGAGUGUAGUGGGACCAGUCUCCAUUAAGAAGUGUCUGCUGAAAAAAAAAAAAGAAGACACUGUUAUGUGAAAAAUGUAAACAUUCAUCGUACUGUUAAGUUUCUUUGUUACGUUAAUGUUAUUAACAUUUUAAACUGCUUUGUAAUGUCUGCUACUUUACACUAGUUUGAGUCUCCAGGGUAGCAAUGUCCACCAUCGAACCUAUUUCCAGCUCUACGACUGCAUUUUCUUCUGUGUUGUUUGAUUCACCUGGAACAAUACUAUUCUGGUUAGUUCACAUGUGAUGUUAUAAGCACAACAACUUAACGGUUUAACAAAAUAAUACAUAUAGGUCUAACAUUUCCAAUGUUCGACCAAAUAUGAGACUUCUUUUAUGUAAGAAUGAAACUGAUCAAAAUUAUUUUAAUCAAUCAUCUACAUCAUUUACUACACAGAAAAAUGUACUGAAGGAGAAGGCUAUGAAAAACCAUUACUUUGUAGGAAUACUGUACUUACUUAUGCAUUGUAAUGUAUUGACCAUUACUGCAUCUGAGUCUGAGUCAAAGAUAUUAUUGUGUCCUUUAACUACAGGUUUUAUUAAAGUAUAUACGCGGCCCAAAAUAGGGUCAUUUGUACACUUUGUGGGGGGUCCUCCACCUGAAAAAAACAAUGUAUUCAAUUUAAUUAAAUUAAUUGUCAAUGUACAUUGCCAUUUGUAAAAAUAUAUUAAACCACUUCCUUUCACUUUGUAUAGUAAGUCACAAAAUAAAAUGUUACAUUUUGUAAUACAAGUUGAAAAUAUUUUUAUACAAAACAUACCUGUCCCAGUUACCAUCUGAACUUUUUCGUCUGCAUACUGUUUCCGUGUCGUCUUCUUCAGAUUUUCCCAAACAGAUUUCAGGUUAUCUGCAGACCUGUGAUGGACUCCUGACACACAGUUGAAACUACUUGCAAUAAUUUGCCACUGUUUCAAUUUGUUCUGUUGUGUUACUGCAUCCGUGCGCUUAUUUUCAAUUAUGUUAAAAUGUUCUGUCACCAAAUCUAACAAAACAAUUUUUUCUUCUGGUGAUAAAUUCUUAUUUCGUGGUUUUUUGGCGGAACAAGUGUUUUCUUUAGCUUCCAUUAUCUUUAUUAUCGCUACACGACUUGAAUAACAACAAACCUACUCGCGAUAUUUGUUUACUUUUCUUCCGAACAUCGAGAUUUCAAAAAGAAAAUCGGGAUUUUAUAAUGAAUAUCGAGAUAUUAUUAUCUCGAUUAUCUGGGAAGAGGAUAAGUCGUGCCCUUAGGGCCGGUUUCACCAACAGAGAUAAACUUAAUGGAAAAUCGAGAUAUUUUUAUCGAGAUAAAAAGUUAAACUUGAAUUUUAAUCGCGAUGAUCUUGUGUCCGUUUCACCACGACUUAUCCUCUUCCCAGAUAAUCGAGAUAAUAAUAUCUCGAUAUUCAUUAUAAAAUCCCGAUUUUCUUUUUGAAAUCUCGAUGUUCGGAAGAAAAGUAAACAAAUAUCGCGAGUAGGUUUGUUGUUAUUCAAGUCGUGUAGCGAUAAUAAAGAUAAUGGAAGCUAAAGAAAACACUUGUUCCGCCAAAAAACCACGAAAUAAGAAUUUAUCACCAGAAGAAAAAAUUGUUUUGUUAGAUUUGGUGACAGAACAUUUUAACAUAAUUGAAAAUAAGCGCACGGAUGCAGUAACACAACAGAACAAAUUGAAACAGUGGCAAAUUAUUGCAAGUAGUUUCAACUGUGUGUCAGGAGUCCAUCACAGGUCUGCAGAUAACCUGAAAUCUGUUUGGGAAAAUCUGAAGAAGACGACACGGAAACAGUAUGCAGACGAAAAAGUUCAGAUGGUAACUGGGACAGGUAUGUUUUGUAUAAAAAUAUUUUCAACUUGUAUUACAAAAUGUAACAUUUUAUUUUGUGACUUACUAUACAAAGUGAAAGGAAGUGGUUUAAUAUAUUUUUACAAAUGGCAAUGUACAUUGACAAUUAAUUUAAUUAAAUUGAAUACAUUGUUUUUUUCAGGUGGAGGACCCCCCACAAAGUGUACAAAUGACCCUAUUUUGGGCCGCGUAUAUACUUUAAUAAAACCUGUAGUUAAAGGACACAAUAAUAUCUUUGACUCAGACUCAGAUGCAGUAAUGGUCAAUACAUUACAAUGCAUAAGUGAAUCAAACAACACAGAAGAAAAUGCAGUCGUAGAGCUGGAAAUAGGUUCGAUGGUGGACAUUGCUACCCUGGAGACUCAAACUAGUACACUUCUUAAUGGAGACUGGUCCCACUACACUCCCUCAAUGCUCAGAGGCCCCAUAUGUCCUGCUCUUGUACCACAAAAUAAUGCCAGUUCAACAUCAUCAGUUUCACCAGUGAUAUUCCCUUGUGUCAAAGAAACGGUUAUGGUAAGCACUGAGCAAGGCAACUGUGAAAGUACUUCAAGAGACCAUAUUCCCGAUAAUAGUAACAAUGUUGCAAAAUCAGUCCUUGAGUGUCAGUUGCCAAACAUCGCGGGGAAGUCUUCCUGGACUCAGAGACGGCGGCCAAAAUUGCAGUCCAGCAAGAACAAUGAAAUAAGUGCCCUCCAUAAAGCUAAAAUUGAACUAAUUGAAUUAUGUAAGAAAUAUGCAACAGAAGAAAAUGAAGCUAUGAAAGAACUGCGUCAAGUGAGAUUGCAACAAGAACAAGAAAGGCUGAAUCAUGAAAAGCUACAGACUGAAUUUAUGACUCUACAGAUUAAAAAACUAAAGAAAGAAUUGGAUGGUUUAUAAUUUUAUGUUUUAUGUAAUUUGUAUACAAUUUUUCUUUGUAACUCUAUUUACAAUGAGCAUUUCAAAGCAUCUGAUUUCGUAUAUUUGUAAUGAAACCUAGU